AUGGGUGAUUGGGGUGUGGGAAUGCUGAACAGCUUCAUGAAUGCACAUAUUUGUGGAGACGCCUGUAAAGACCUUGGAUUAGUCACCCCUAAGGGCUUCCAAAAAUCGUUCCCUCGGCCAAUGAAGUUCGUCCCUCGACAACCCAUGCCAUGGUGGUUCAAACAAGCUGAGCAAGAACAUGAAGCCAAGCUCAAGGCAGGAGAAGAUGCGGGUACAAAUGACAAUGUUAGUGAGAUACGAAGUUUGUGGGAUACGAAGUUAGGGAGAUACGAGAUUAGGGAGGCACAAACUUCGUCGGGGACGAAGUUCGCGAGGUACGAAGUUCGCGAGGUACGAAGCUCGGGGACUCGGGUUGAACGAAGUUCUGUGUUGGCAAAGUUAGGGAAGAAUGAAGUACUUAAGGACCGAAGCUCCCAGGGAUCUUUGACGAUCUCUGGUUGUUGUCUUAGUGAUAGAAGUUAG